GUGUGUGUAUAACGUUGGUGCCGUAAUCACCGUCUCCGUCGCUCGUUUAUAUAAAUAGAGGCGUCCCGACGUCCGUGGUUGUCGUCGUCGUCGUCGUCGUCAUCGUCAUCGCCGAUCGCUUGCUGCUUGGCUAUCUGGCGCGCGCGAACGUCUUCCGUAACGCACGGCGGCGGCCCGGUCGUUUUAUUAUUAACACGCGGCGUUCGACUCGCGUAUAAUAUUAUUCGCGUUACCGUCACGUCGGCAUCACAACAAUAUAAUAUUAUAAUAUAUACAGACGCGUUGCGCGUCGUUUCACGUACUUGAUUAUAAUUUUAGUACAGACUAAAUAAAAUAACAAUAAUAUACCUACGUAGUCUCGCGCGCCAUCGCACUAUACGACGGUGUGCAUACGAAUAACACCGUUACGGAAACGCUGCGACCGCCGAUAACGUUCGCCGGGGACUUACGCGACCGGUGUAAUUGCAGUAUAUCAUCAUCGUUCGCGCCUUCCCGUCAACGCACCUGACUCGUCGCGUACCCACUCACCACCCACGCGGCACCCGUAUGCACGCGCGUUGUCUGGCAUUCUCGAGCAGUGAUAGUGGUCCGUCGUCGCGGUAGUAUACUACUAUAGACAACGAAAUCGCGUUUAUUAUUGAGUCUAUAUCGCCGAAUAAUACGAUCGAGUCAACGCCACUGUGGUUGUGGACUAGGAAUACUCUCAGGGUCGACGUAUUUAGGUGGAAAACUUCAAGCGAACUUGCAGACGGCGAUCGGAACACGCAGCGAUCGCGUCGUCGUCGUAACGAUAUAUGGAGACGAGCCGACGUCACGCGACGACUGUGCGCAGAGACGGCGAUGGUGACGGUGCAGUGAUCGAGACGACGUCGAAGACCACGCCGGCCACGACGACCACCAACACCAUCACCACGUCGGCGGCGGCGGUGGCGGUGACUGCGCGGUACUGGUGACUGCGACAACGUACCCCAUCGUACGGCGACGACGACUGCUGUAAAGGUUCGUCCGGUGCAGUCUCACGCGGCGGUCAUAAAGGCGUUAAAUGUCAUCGGUUCCGGCGGAGCGGGUUUCGGAAUUAUGUUGCCGCUGGCGGUCGUCGUGGGACAACGUAGUAGUGGUCCGGCGCUGUGUAUUGCGGUAUUAUUAAUAAUUUCAAAAAAAGUAUUUGGAUUAGAUUCGGAUUUAAUCGAUAGUAAUGUUUCGUUAACAACUACUAUUGAUUAUGAUAUACCGGUUCAAGACAUGGCGUCUGAAACUUUGAUGGCUACUUCACCGUGUCAACCAUUUGAAUCAGAUUUCGAGUUCUACUCUCCAGGUUAUCCUCAACCAUAUCCCAAUAAUACAGAAUGUAUUAGAUUGUUAGAAGCUGGCCCUGGAGAGAUUAUUGAACUAGACUUUAGGGACUCGUUUACUAUUGAACCAAGUAUUGGGUGUAAACACGACCACUUGGAAAUUCGAGAUGGACCAUAUGGAUAUUCCGUUCCAGCGUAUUACUACUGCGGAAAUCAGUUCCCACCCAAAAUAAUUUCAUCGGGGAAGUAUUUAUGGUUGAGAUUUCGGUCGGACGAAAAUAUUGAAUAUGAAGGAUUCCAUGCCGUUUACAAAUUCAUUAAGAAGCCUCCACCAGACAUAGAAAAAUCRGAGCUUCCGCCUUGUCGUAAAUUUGUGGAUGGUUCACAGGGGUACAUAAAUAGUACGGAGGUUGACGAUUUAAAAAAUAAAACAGUCUUGAACCAAGUGCCGUUAGACUGCAUGUGGAUAAUACAAGUUAAACCUGGUUGGAAGAUUCAGCUUAACUUCAAAGAGUUUUCUUUAGAAAAGCCCAACGAUUGCGGAUUGAACGUAGUGGAGAUUUUCUCGAAUCGCACAGACAUGGCUUCGCGGCUCAAAGUGUUUUGUGGAUCGAUAGCCGAAAUGGUGCAAUCGCCGGGCAACACGUUGCACGUGCGAUUCUUGGCAGAAGGAAAAGGAGUGAAAUCGAAAUUCUCGGCACUUUAUACUGCAUACCGUACCAAAACUAAAGACGAAGCGUGCGGUAGUGAUCAGUACGAUUGUGAAGACUUAACAUGUAUUGCGGCCGAAUUACGGUGCAAUCAAGUCGAGAACUGUCGUUUUCGAUGGGAUGAAGACGGAUGUCCGGCAGAAGACAACAGAUUGAUGCAACUAUUUUCAAGUUUUGACAUAAUAGUUAUUCUGGUAGUGUUUUUUUUAAUUCUAUGCGGCAUGUGUUCAGCAUUCAUUACCAAUAUUGUCCGAAAACUUGUGCACGAUCACCGAAUUAUAAAAGAACAUAUGCGCCAUUCAAGAGAAGAUCAUUUAGAUCAAAUUGGAAGAAUACAUGUAACAGACGAACAAUCACUUGAAGAUUCUGGUCCACAAGGACAUGACUAUCCACAAAGUGAUAACAGUAGUCAAACCACUAACCUAAUCCAAAGCAAACAUACUAACAUAUCUAGUUCUGAUUGUUAUGUUCCAUCAGGUGACCUUAUUCCAGUGUUAAUGAAGCAUGACCCUCCUUGCCAUUAUCCUUCUGUUGAAGACGAAGAAGGUGAUGGAUUGAUGAGUUCCUAUCCAAUAACAGCUGAAACUAAAGAUAUUGAGUGUCAAACUAGAGAGAGCCUUUUCGACACUUCAGUUGUACCAAAAACUGCUGCCCACUAUAGAGUAAGACCAUCAGAAUCACCUUUCAGACCACCAUUAGGAUUUUCUACUUUUGGAUAUCGAAAAGAUUCAGACAGUUCUGCUGAUGCAAAGCCAUCAAAAUUUAGGGCUGAGGCUGUUAUUGAAAUGGAUAAAUUUUCAUCUGAACUAAGUCAAAGGCCUUAUAGUAUUGAAUCAACUAAAUCAGCUCCAGACGUCAUAGUUAUGCACUGAUUAGUAUACAAUUGUAUACAAUAUUACUAUUAUUUUAAUUAAUUAAAGUAAGCUUGUUGUUAAGAAAAGCCAAAAAUUAAACGAAAUGCUCAAAUAAUGAAUUGGACUAAAAUAAAUGAGAUAAUGUACACUAAAUCUGAGUAUAAUUAAUAUUUUCAAUAAAUUAUACAUUUAGAAAUUUGUCAUGUUUGUCAAUUGUUAAGAUUUAUCAAUGAAAAUAUUGUUCAACCUUUAGAUAUCUAUACUGUCUUAUGUUCUGAGUGAUAAUUGGAAACAACUGUAUUAUUUUAAACUAUUUAAGAAUGUCACGUAAAUUAUUCCUAA